AGUGACGCGUUGCUGCCUGUCAAAGCUCGUGGUUAGUGAGCGAGGCAGGCUGGAGAGUAAACAAGCCCUCGCCGCUCGGUGCCGCUGGCUCCAUCUUUAAAGGGCUGCCGCGCAACUCAACCGCCGCGAGAAGAAGUAGAAGAAGAGGAAGAAGAAGAUGGGGGCUGUCUUGGGCCUCUGCUCCAUGGCGAGCUGGAUACCAUGUUUGUGUGGCAGUGCCCCAUGUCUGCUGUGCCGAUGCUGCCCCAGUGGAAAUAACUCCACUAUAACAAGGGUGAUAUAUGCUCUGUUCUUGCUCCUUGGAGUGGGUGUUGCAUGUGUGAUGUUAAUUCCAGGAAUGGAAGAACAGCUGAAGAAGAUUCCUGGAUUUUGUGAUGGCCAAGUGAAUUGUGAUGUUCUAGUAGGCUAUAAAGCAGUAUAUCGGGUGUGCUUUGGUAUGGCCAUGUUCUUUCUCCUGUUCUCUUUAAUGAUGAUCAAAGUGAAGAGCAGCAGUGAUCCAAGGGCAGCAAUACACAAUGGAUUCUGGUUCUUUAAAUUCAUCACAGCUGUUGCAAUUACAGUUGGAGCAUUUUUUAUUCCAGAAGGACCCUUUACAACAGUGUGGUUUUAUGUAGGCAUGGCUGGUGCUUUCUGCUUCAUUCUUAUCCAGCUGGUUUUACUUAUUGAUUUUGCCCACUCUUGGAAUGAAUCUUGGGUCGAAAAGAUGGAAGAAGGAAACUCAAGAUGCUGGUAUGCAGCUUUGCUGUCUGCCACAGCAUUAAACUAUCUUCUGUCUCUGGUGGCAAUUGUCCUAUUUUAUGUCUAUUAUACUCUGCCCGAUGGCUGUUCUGAAAAUAAGGCAUUCAUCAGUGUCAAUAUGCUGCUGUGCAUUGGAGCAUCUGUAAUGUCAAUUCUGCCUAAAAUCCAGGAAUCACAACCGAGAUCUGGGUUGUUACAGUCAUCUGUGAUCACCGUUUAUACAAUGUAUCUAACCUGGGCUGCAAUGACCAAUGAGCCAGACAGACAAUGCAAUCCAAGCUUGCUGAACAUAAUUGGCUAUAAUUCCACAAGCACUCCAACUAAGGGUCAGUUUGUCCAUUGGUGGGAUGCCCAAGGAAUUGUAGGCCUCAUCCUGUUCUUAAUGUGUGUUCUGUACUCAAGCAUUCGGACAUCCAAUAAUAGUCAGGUAAAUAAACUGACAUUAACCAGUGAUGAGUCAACACUGAUAGAAGAUGGACUUCCCAGGAGUGAAGGCUCUCUUGAUGAAGGAGAUGAUUUGCACCGUGCUGUUGAUAAUGAGAGAGAUGGAGUUACUUACAGUUAUUCAUUCUUUCACUUCAUGCUUUUUCUUGCUUCGCUUUACAUCAUGAUGACCCUAACCAACUGGUACAGCCCUGACCCUGCCUCUGCAUCAAUGACCAGUAAGUGGCCAUCUGUCUGGGUGAAGAUCUCUUCCAGCUGGAUUGGCAUAGUCCUCUACGUGUGGACUCUGGUGGCUCCACUUGUUCUAACAAACCGUGAAUUUGACUAAGCCAAGUGUCUCAUCUGAAAGCUCUUGCUUUAUUUUGUUGCUAAUUUGAAGCUAACAGUAUUCAACAUCGAGAUGUAAUUUGUAAAUAAUACGUGUAUGUAUCGUCUGAAUAGUUUAUCAUGUCUUCUGCAUGGUUAUACUUUUAAAUCAUGUUCACUUGCUAUUUCAGUGACUGUUUUCUAGUUGAGCUUGAUGAUGAUAAUAAUAAUAAUACAUAUUAAUGAUUAAUACUGAGCCCUCUUCCAAUGUUGGGGGAAAGUAAACACAUAUGGUGGGUAGAGUAGGGGUGAAGAUUCCACCACCACCACCACCACCACCCUGCUAUUUUCGUCACUUUUACGAUUUGUGACUGUGUGAAGCAGGGAGACUUUUGCAUCCAUGGAGACUCCCUGCUUCUGUGGGUGACAACCUUGGUUUUCCAUUUGGGAGCCUCCACAGAUACAAACAUCUCUCCGCUUCACAAUAUCACCAAUUGGAAAGUGAUGAAAAAGGCAAUGUUGGGCAGAGCUAGUGUGAUCUUUCCCACUGCUCCCUUCUGUAUAUUUCCUUCCCCCUAACUAGCACCUGGAGAGGGAUUUAGGGUCAAACUAGAUGUGAGAACAACAGUUCUAUGUAUUUCAAACCCCACAAAUAUUUGGCUCAGCCCUACUGCUUACUGAAGAAUUUCUAGAUCGUGUACAGUCAAAGGUGCAUUAAAACAGUAUUUUUCAGUGCAUGUAGAUAGGCCGGGGUUGAAAGUCAGAUAUUUGCAGUUAUAAUCGGAUGGGGAACCAUGAAGUGUGUUAGACGCUAGGGCUAUCUAUGACAAUCUUGCUGGCCUUUAUUGCAGCUUAAUAAUUGUUACACAGCAGUUUUCUAGUUAGUAAAAUAUCAACUUUGGUCUAGCAAGGAAGUAUAAUCUUUCGCAACUGAGAGAUUUGCUCAGAAAAGAUGAGAAAAAUAUGGCUAUGACAGAUAGGAGAGACAGUAAUGGUUGUAAGCCUUUGGAGGAUACUGUAUUACCUCAGCUGAAGCAUGAAUGGAUGGUUGUCUAGGAGAGUCUGAUGCUGAAUGAGAAUCGCAUAUCAGGUGUGUGUUAAGUCUAGGUUACCUUUAGAUCAUAGCUGAUCUGUAGGAGGUAUGAUCUUUUGUUUGUUGAACAAACAUCAGAUGAGCAGGAGCACAGGAAUGUCAACUCUAAUGAGCCUUAGCUGAUGAUAGAGCAGAGCAAGGAGUAGGGUUAGUAGGAAGGGAAAGAAUGUACCUGUGAUUCAGUUGCCAUUUUAAUCAAUUUGUGGAGGGUUCCCCCCUUCCACACUUUAAACGACAAAGGUCCCCAGCUGUCACUAGGGCUGGUGUGAGCAUUUAAGAAAACAGUUACAAUUCUGUAGGACUGGUUUUUGUACUUGCAGGUUUGAGUAAGUACAAGGCCUCUUUUAAAGAAUGAACAGGAGUAAAUGUUUAAGGUUGUACUUGAAAUUAUUCAAAAUGUGCAUGGGGUAUCAAAAAUAGUUGCCAUUUUGACCAGAUUUGUUUUUUAAAGUGAAGUGCAGUGAAAUAUUAAUGCAUGCUCUAGGCUUUUCAUUUUUGUAACCAUUUGAUACCAAGAUAAGUCUUUUU